AUGUUUUUUGUCAUUUCCUUGCUAAACAUAUUCUGUACAAAAAUAAAAAUUAAAAAUACAAGCGAAGGAUACGUUUUUUAUGUAAAUGGAACAAGUGAUAAAAUACACAUGAAGCCGCUGACUAUCUCUUUUUUAAAUGAAAAGAAUGAACUGAAAAAUACUAAAGAAAGUUUGAAAACAAGAAAAGAUAAACAAUCGGCGUUAACAUUCUUUGAAUUUGAUGAUACUUUUUGA